GCAGUGACUUGGGAGUGACAAUGUGACGAGAGAUAUGUAACAUGGCGAGAUCGAGAAACGAUACUAGUAAUAUCUUACAGUUCCAUAAGACACUACUGAGAUCCGGCGUAUCAGAAAGACCAUGUCAGGUGACGCCGUGCAUAAGUGCCUGCAGAGGAGCGGGUCUUGAUAUAUGCACCACUUUGCUACGGUGGCCGUCGCUAGACACCCGGAUCGGAGUUACAGCAAUUCCGAUUGGAUUCCUCGAUACCCCACAAAGUAUAGUAGGCUGUGCUUAAAGACACAGAUAGCGGACAAGUCAGAGUUGGCUCUCGCAUCUCGGACACACUGGUUCCGGAUCAGAAUGCAGCCUUUCAAAUUUCACACGUCCCUGGUGGUUCAACAAUGGAAGUUGUGCCGUCAGCUAGCAGGUGAACCCGAGGUGGAGGUGAUCAUCGACGGAGACACUCUAGACAUCCCUCAUGUUGUCUAUGUUGCAAGACAUGUAAGGAGUGUUCGCAUUGCUCCCACAGCGUAUGCAGAGGUCAACCGGGGCCACAAUGCCUUACUGAAAAGUCUUUCGUCUGGCGAAGUAAUUUAUGGUGUCAAUACUGGUUUUGGUGCCUCUGCGCAUACUCGCACAAAGGAUGUUCAAGCGCUUCAACGGGUCUUGACUCGAGAGCUUGGCUAUGGCAUCCUCCCUCCGGGUUCUCGUGAUGUUCAACCUCGCCGACGCAGCGUCUGUGAGGACCAUGAUUUCUUCGACCUGGCACAGGAGGAAGCAAAUGAGUCGUACCAUCUGCCAAUGACCUGGGUCCGAGGUGCCAUGCUCUUGCGGCUCAAUACGUUGAUAAGAGGCCAUUCGGCAAUUCGCCCGGUCAUCUUGGAUCAAUUGCAGGCCCUUCUAGCGCAUAAUAUCGUUCCCAUGGCGCCUCUCCGGGGCAGUAUCUCCGCGUCUGGGGACUUGAGUCCGCUAGCAUAUAUUAGUAGUGUCAUCCAGGGCAAGCCCACAGUUCGCGUGUUCCCUCCUGCUGGCCACGCUCAAGAUCUGUACGCAGAUGAAGCCCUUGCUGGUGCGGGUAUCGCUCCGGUGGACUUAACCGCGAAAGAGGGUCUUGCUAUUGUCAAUGGAACAGCGAUUUCAGCCGCCUGCGGUGCUCUCGUGCUUCACGACGUGCAACACUUGGCAGUACUCGCUCAGGUCCUGACCGCCAUGACCGUGGAAGCUUUGCUUGGAUCUCCUGAGAGUUUCCAAAGAUUCUUUGCCGAAGUUCGUCCACACCCUGGGCAGAUGGAAAGCGCCCGGAACAUUCGGGCCUUUCUGCGAGGUUCCAAGCUGGCUCAAAACAAAGACGGUAAAGACGGCGCUCUAAGGCAAGACAGAUAUUCCGUCCGCACUGCAGCGCAGUGGCUUGGCCCGGUCUUGGAGGAUCUUCUCCUUGCCCACCAGCAGAUGAGCAUUGAGUGCAACUCAACCACGGAUAACCCGUUAGUGACGCACGAGGGUGAAUUUCUUCAUGGGGGCAAUUUUCAGGCUAAGGCCGUGACAGCAGCCAUGGAGAAAAGUCGCCAAGGGAUUCAGAGUAUCGGCCGUAUGCUGUAUACGCAAUGUCAGGAGAUGAUCAACCCCGCGACAAGCUGGGGUUUGACCCCUAACCUCGUGGCCGAAGAGCCCAGCAAGUCUGGCAUCUUCAAGGCCAUCGACAUAUACAUCUCGGCUCUUCAGUCCGAGCUGGGCUUCCUCGCUGGUCCCGUGAAUCAUGUCAAUAACGCCGAGAUGGGUAAUCAGUCGCUGAACUCCUUGGCGUUGAUAUCCGCCCGAUACACCGCAACCGGAGUGCGGGUGCUGACUGAAAUUAUCGCCGCACACUUCCUGUCUGCUUGUCAGGCAUUGGACCUUCGCGCCAUGCAGCUGCAAUUCCUGGAGUCGGUUCGCGAUCCGUUCUCUGCGUUGUUGAACGAGCUAGUGCACAACAUUGAGCCGAGUGUGGAGGGCGAAGAGCAGUCGUGCACCAUAGAUACGGAGGCUCUGGCGCCUACCCUCUGGCUCCACCUCGGAACAAUGCUUGUUUCUACAGUCACAAUGGAUACGACAGACCGCUUUGUCCACAUUGCGAAGAGUAUGCGGGUGCCUAUUCUCGAUUGUGUCGGACCCAGCGUGUCGUCUCCCAAGCUGCUAGGAGCUCUACAGCGCUUUGUUGAGGCCACGGGCACCCUUCUUCUGGACGCAUGGUGCGUCAAUCGAGAUGCGUACAUGAUCCACGGUGAUGCCAGCGCAUAUCUGGGAGUGGCAUCGAAGAAGGUGUAUGCGUUUGUGCGUCGUACGCUGGGGGUGCCGUUCCUGUGCACAGCUCAGAUCCUGACGCCCACGGCCGAAGCAAUGCAGACGGGGCAGCGACGGGAGGCCCCGACGGUGGGCUCCUACACGGCGGUGAUCUAUCGAGCCAUCCGACGGGGGGAGAUGAUUCCUUUGAUGUUGGAGCUUCUGGAGGAGUGUCUGGCCGAGCAUGAGUUGGCAGAAUAGUUUAUCUACACCUAGCAGAUUACAUUCGCAAAUUUGAGGGAAAAGUUAGUGCCCUGUGCAAACCACAAACCUGGAAGACUCCUACUGUACACGACGCAAUCAGAUUGCCCAACCCAUAAUAGCAACUCCACAUCUUAACUCAGUCCCGUUCACUACCAUCUCAGCA